AUUGACUGCCUGCUAGGCGGCGGGCUGCGUGAGGGCACGGUGGUGGAGGUGGUGGGCGAGACGGCCAGCGGCAAGACGCAGCUCUGCCUGGCCGCCGCCGCCACCACGGCUGGCCGCGGGGAGGCGGUGUUGUUCGUGGACACCACCGGCAGCUUCACGCCUGAGAGGGUGCUGCGCCUGGCAGAGGCGGAGGCGGCGGCAAUGGCAGACGGAGGUGGAGGAGGGAUAGGGCACCCUGCCGGCGACCCCUCCCUCGCCUCGCGCGUGUUGGGUUGCAUCGCGGUGGUGCGGCCGGGCAGCGUGUUCCAACUGCUGGGUGUGCUGGACCGGUUGGAAGCGGAGCUGCAGCAGCAGGGGCAGGGGCAGGGGCAGAACCAGCAAGGGCAGCAGCUGCCGGGGCAAGGGCAGGAAGGGCAGCAGCCGGGAGGAGGUCAGCCAGGGGGUGCGCCCGAGCCGCCAGGCAUGCAGUCCGACGCGGCUGGCGGGCGGGUGGGUCCCCGCCUGCUGGUGGUGGACUCGGUGUCGGCGCUGCUGAGCACCGUGCUGGGCAGCAACCAACACACGCAGGGCACAGCGCUGCUGACGGCUGUGGGCCGCAUGCUGAAACAGCUGGCGGAGCGAUAUUCGAUCGCGGUGCUCGUCACGAACCACGUCACAAGUGCAACCCACAUGGCAAGAGGCGGCCGAGG